GAUAUUUAGUUUUGUUGUUCUGACAAAUGUAUAUUGCAUGUGGUUGGUAAGAGCUGGAAUAUAGAUUAUUUUUUGAAGUAAACGUCGAAAGAUUAAUUCGGAGUCAGAACCAAUAAGUUUAUAGCUUAUAAUUGUUUUAUUAUCGGUUACCUCUAUUUUAAGUCUCUGAAAGUACCUGUGUAUUUAGUAUGUUAGCUAGUAAUGGUGACAAAUGUAAUAGCGUGAUUGAUUUAUUCGAAAAUAAAGAACUGAUUACCAUGUGUGCUCCGAUGGUUAGAUACUCCAAGUUACCAUUUCGAAUGCUUGUUCGAAAAUAUGGGUGUGAUGUGGCAUUUACUCCAAUGAUAGUCAGCCAUUCUUUCGUUGAAUCUGAGAAAGCAAGACAUAGCGAUUUUACUACAGCUGUUGAAGAUAGACCUUUAAUUGUUCAGUUUGCUGCAAAUAAUGGUGCUGACUUGGCUGAUGCUACAGAAAUUGUUUACAGAUACUCUGAUGGCGUUGAUCUUAAUUGUGGUUGCCCACAAAGUUGGGUACUUUCUGAUGGAUAUGGAGCAUGUUUAUUAAAUAAACCAGAACUUGUUCAGGAUAUGAUUCAGCAAGUUAGAAAUAGGAUAUCGGAUGCCAAAUACACUGUGUCUUUGAAAAUGCGACUUCAUGAUGAUGUCAGGCAGUCUAUAGAAUUUUGCCGUCAAAUUGAACAAGCUGGUGCGUCAUGGAUAAGUAUUCAUGGUAGAACUAAGUCACAAAGAUACGAGCCUGUAAAUCUAGAUGCUAUUAAAUUAAUUAAAGAAUCUGUAUCUAUACCAGUUAUUGGUAACGGAGAUAUUUUCAGCUUAGAAGAUGCUUUGAAAUUUCAUAGUUACACUGGUGUUAAUGGUGUAAUGUCAGCACGAGGAUUACUACAAAACCCAUCUCUUUUUUGUGGAACAGAAGUCACAUCGUCUUCUUGUAUAAAAGAUUGGAUAAAUUUAUCACUAUCUUUUGGUGCUACUUUCACAAACAUUCAUCACCAUCUCAUGUUCAUGCUUGAAAAAAUUAUGUCUAAGCCUGAAAGAAAACUAUUUAAUUCAUAUACUUGUCUAGCUUCCGUACUUGAUCAUUUGGAUGAAUUUUCGUUUUGAUGUUCUUCUACAUAGAAAAUGACAAUGAAAUAUUUUUGCCAUUAACUUUUAUUAAUUUUUUUUAAUCCGUUAUUACUAUAAAUUGCAGAAAAGUAAAUUUGACUUCAUAAUAUAUUAUGUUGAAAUUUUAAAUCUUUGUUUUAUUCUUAUUC